UGAAAAGCGCGUGCUCGGUGCAGAGCUGUAACGUGUUGUAACAGGACCGACUCUCCCAGUACAAAUUCCACAUCUGUAACUGACUGAGAGUCCCGGUGGCUUUUAACCCUUUUAGCUCGUUUGUAAUAGUAUAGCCGAGUGUGUGUGUGUGUGUGUGAGUGAGUGUGUGUGUGACUGAGCAAAAGGUGAGAUCUGCACAAUGCUGGGCGCGUCGCGGAUUCUGGAAAAGGGGCCCGAGUACCUGAGGAAGCAGAUGGAGCUGGAGCGCGAGAGCAACGGGCGCGCGAGCGCAGCGGAGAGGCUCGCGGCUACCAAGCCUAAGUACGUCAAGAGCCCACAGGUGACGAGUUCACCCUCCGGCCCGGAGCCGGUUACCGGGACAGGUUCCCCCUGUGGCCGAGGGUCCACCGAGCGGAGCGCACCUGCUUCCGGGACACCUGCUUCCGAACAGGAAGGAAACUCCGUGAAGAGGAACAGCUCCAAGAAGCGACCGGACUCGAUCUUACUGUACAGACAGAAGUGCGACCUGCAGAGAGGAUCACCGGGAGGGAUCUACCGGCGCAAACGGACAUUACUCAAAUCCCUGAGAGAGAGAAACAGCGCGGGCGCUCCGGUCUCCGCGGGUCAGAGCGCUGAAAGUUCCUCCGACUCGGACCAGCCUCACGCGGACAAGGACGAUCAAGAUCAAGAUCAAGACAACGAUAAGGAUAACGGCCCGGUGCGGCGGCGCCCCGAGCGCGUGAACGUGGCGAGGAGAGCCAUUGCAGGAGGAGGGUCCGAGUCGGAGCGCGCGAGGAAGGGGGUGUCGCGCUCGCACUCUGACAUCAGCUCGCGCUACUCCAAAAACUUCGCCGAUUUCGACGCGUUUUUUAAAUACUGCGGCCUCGAGAGCGACGUCCUGGAGUCCCUGGGCAAAGAAAACUUCUCCUCGCGCUCGGAUGAGCGUGAGCUUUCCUACGCAAAGAUCCGGAGCGUAAGCAUGGCUAUGUCAGACAGUGAGAUUUCACACGCCAGCGGUGACAUUGAUGGGCUUCAAGAGGAAGAAGUGAAAGAGACUCGCCAACAAGGUUCAUCCGUGAUAGAGCGCAACGCUCGAGUGAUCAAGUGGCUGUACAGCUGCAGAAACGCAAGUCAGUCUGGGAAAACGUUGCGAGAUCUGGAUUAGUCACAAAAUCCUGAACACCUUUGAACACUAAUACCAGGUAGUAAUGCAGUACUGGCAUGUUUGCUGUGUACUCGUGAAGAAAUGGAGAUGUGUCAUAGACCGUCUUCAGCUCCGUGACGUUUUCAUGCUAAGAGCAUAAAUGAGAAACAUUCUACCCUGCACUUUUAUCGACCAGAUAUCUUGUUUUCUGUUCGCUCACAACACCAAGGUUUGUCAAUUCACAGGUCCUAGAUAAAUGCUGCAUUCGAGCUGACGUUGCAACUUGUAAUUCCCUGCCUACAACUAGUAAAAGCCACAGAAAACGUCCCCUCAACUUGCAAUUUCAACUCGUCAAAUUGGGGUCGUCUUCUCAACUACCAGUUCCUUCCCCUGUUUAGAAAGUGAGGUCAACUCAACAUGGCCGCUCACUGUGAACAGUGUUAAGUGCCCCUCCUCUACAUUUAAAUGAGGUUAUAGCUGUACUAGCUUUAGAUCAGUUAAUAUACAGAUACAGUACUUGGUUAAAUCUAUAACAUUGGCCAUACUAAUCACUGUUUUGAGAGGGCAAUCAUCAACAUUAGAGUUAUCACUCAUAUAUCUGUUGUUAGCCGGCUAGCUUGUUGCUAAGCUACUGCUGUUGUCCGCUGUUGUUGCUGUGCUGCGAUUUCAGUCCAAAAUGUUGCACGAAUGUUUGAAGUUCACUAUAGUAGAACAGCACCAAUAGCCACUCAGGCCUGUAACUGUAAAAGUGUGGUUAAAGUAGCAGAGCAAACAAAAUACACACUUUCGUGGAGACCUGCUACCACGAGCGAGUAUCUUUCACAUCCCCUGUUCUUUCCCCUUCAGUGAAUCUGCUUUUCCGCCUGGUGAAUUUUAUUCACGUUUGGGCUGAAAAAAUAUGAAAACCUGAAAAACUGAAAAGUGAACUUUUCAGGUGUCUCCCAGGUCAAAAAUCGUAAAUCCUAUGACUAAACCCUAGAUGUUGGUACCUCUGCUGAUAAUUUAACACAUAUUUUGUUAGAGAUAUCUAUAUUUUUUUAAGAAGCUUCGGAAAUAACACCACUCGUCUGUUAUUUGGACAUCUGCCCUCUUUGUAACUCCAGUGCUGCGCGUUUCCUCUUUCUCAGUAUUUUUUUUAAAGGGAACGUGGUUCCACAUAUGUCUUAAUUUAUCAAAAAUGAUGUCAGAAUCUCAUUAACACAAAGUAUUUUCAUAUUGUAUCAGAGUGUAACAGUGUACAGGAACAAAAUACUAGUAUAUACCAGUGUAUAUAUUUAUAGAUGUGUGUGUGUUAUUUCCUGUUCAACAAUUUUAGGUCUUCCUGUGUGGCAAAAGUCUUAGGCCACCUAAGAAAAUGUCAUUUAUGCCGUUUAGCCUGACAGCAACCAUAGCUUGAAAAAAUACUAUAUAUCAAUAGGAAGAAGUAGAAAUAAAUAUGAAUAUAUAAAUAAUUACAUGGAUUUAUUAAAAUCACACAGUUAUAUAGAGGUUUCUAUCAACUACAGUUAGGUCUUAAUUAUGGUUACAGUGAGGUUUGUUAAUAAAUAAGGAAUAAAACACUUAGGGGGGUGUGCUGUUAUAGGAAAAUAAUCAAUGAUGGGGUGGUGUGAUGUGGCUGAGGAUUAUUUUCCUAUGAGGGCAUUCCUGGAGUGUUUUCUUCCUCUUAUACUACAGCAAUUUGUCAACAAGAGUGAAAUAUCAUUCUUUGUAUCUGCUUAUAGCUACAUUUGAUCUUGUUUAAUGUCCACAGGACAAGUUAGUUCCUGUUAUCACUUACGCUAGAAGCCAGAAACUCUCAUUCCUUCACCAGCCUCGCUGUUUUCCUCUCUCUCUCAUGUUACUAAGAAACCAAGCGCAUAGCUGUCUGUCAUGAAGACUUUUUUUUAUGCCAGUAACUUACUGACUGUUACACAAAAAGCUGAAACUGGAGACUCCUUCCAUAAAGGUUCAAUAAACAACUCCUUACAGAAAGCGUCACUAUAUUAAAAAAUAUACGCUCUUCUUUGUUAAAUCACAGUUUUUAAAAUGUGUUUAGAUUCUGUGGAGCGUCUGCAAUACAAGACUCUGUGUAAGUUGUUACUAUGGAAAUUUUAGAACAAAUGCAUUAAAAUAAACCUGUGAUUUGAAUUAGAGCCAGCACUACUGUCAGAGCUGCUGUUAUAGAAUAUUAAUCAACACCUUCUGACCAAUCAGAUUCGAGAAUUCAAGGGCACUGUGGUAUAAUACGUUUUACGACAUCCUCUACAUCAGUGUGCAACUAGCCCGCCUAAGAGACUCCUCACACUGAUGCCUUUCUCAACAACUCUUCUUCUGAUAUACCUUUGUGAAUGAAAAAAAAACUUCAGUAUGGACUCAUUGUUCCAUAAGACUUCUUCUGCUUCUGCUAGCUGGUCAUGCUUUAUGCACUUUCUUCUUAUUCCAGUGUACUACAGUCUCUUUUUCUUUGUAUUUCUGCAUAAAAUGCUUCAUAUCUGCAACUCACACUGCAAGAUGUCUUCUCAUGCUUUAUAUUAAUUUGCAUUUAUUGUAAUAUUAUAAAGAUUUUUUUAAUUAUUACAGCCAUUAAAAUGAAAGCAGCACUUAAACAUGUACUACUGCCACGAGUUGCUUUAAACAUAAUUUUCUUGCAAACACAAGUGAACUGCUGUUCAGUGGAUGUUUUUUGUUUUUCGCACCACUCAGUGUAAACCCUAGAGAAAAUCUCAGGAGAUCAGCAGUUUCUGAAAUACUCAAACCAACAACAACAACCAUGCCACGGUCAAAGCCACUGAGAUCACUGAGAUUUUUUUCCCCUGAUGUUUGAGGUGGACAUGGUCUGAAGCUCUUGACCUGUAUCUGCAUGACUCUAUACACUGCUGCAGUGCGCUCCUGCCACGUGAUUGGUUAACUGGAUAAUUGCAUGAAUGAGCAGGCGUACAGGUGUUCCUAUUAAAGUGGCCGGUGAGUGUGUAUAAUAAGCAUGAAAUUGCUUUGUGCACGUAUCAUACCUCUGCUACGCUUUAUGUUGUUUGGUGAACUAUAUCAUCUCCUGCUUUGUCUUUCUACAAAAAAGGCUUUUUCGCUGCAGCACACUCUACAAGACUUCUUCUCAUACCCCAAGCUUUCAUUUUUGGUGCCAGACGCUGAGCAAACAUUUGACUGCGUUUUCUUUCUGCCCAUUAAGGAAAUGACCUUUAAAAUCCACAGCUUUUGGCUCUUCCACUGCGUUUUCUGUCUUCAAAUUACCCACCUUUUUUUAAAGUCUUUAUGUCAGUUAAAUUCACUGAGCUCUUAAGGACAUAUCUAUCAGUAUGUCAGCUUAGCUAUUUAACAAAUACUUGGAAUAAAUAACGACCUUUUGCUGAGGUUUGGCCAAAAAUAAAGUGCUCUGGUCACGUCAUAAAAUACCGAUAGCUGGAAAAUGUGAAAAAUCCUUGUUACUUUUAUUGCAUGAAUGUCAUAUAGCUUUUUAUUUUGAAUAUAAAGAAAUCAGCACUUCCUAGCCAAAUAAGCUGUUAUACACACUGUUUUCUUUUUUUUCAAGACUUUUGCACUAAAUAUAUGUCUAACACUAAACAUGAUUUUACGUUGGACACUGCAAAACUAGACAACUAACAGACUGAAGUUCAACACACAGUAAUUUUGUGUCUCUGGAAUAUGGAAGAAUAUGACCCUGCAUGAACGGUGUUUACUUUUACAUUGCGUAAUAUCUGUUGAGGAAGAAAGAAAGCCCAGCCCAUGUGUGUGCUCACACCUACACGAUUAUACAUAAAGACUUACUUGGCACUUGUACUGACACUGUUCAUCGACACUGUUUGGUUUACACUAUUUAAAUGCAAAAGUAAUGUGUUGCUAAAAUUUUCAUGACUGAACAUGCUUUGAAAUAAAUCCCACAGUGAACACAA